ACUUGUACAAACUCCCAGGCUGUGGGGAGUCUUCGAAGCAGAUUUUUGGGGCUCGGAAAAAAAGCUAUAAACCCCUCCUCACAGAAGGAAACUUGCCUGGAAACGCGACGUCGAUAUAAUAAUUUUGUACUUCACUGAAAAAACAAACAAACUGCACUUUGAAAACCGAUAACACUUCAAGCGGAAGCCUGCUAUAGCAAGAAGGACGUACUGUAAUUUUCCAUGAUCCAGAACCUCGUCACGUGUCGGAAAGGAUAUUUAUUUGAGAACUCAAUCUUCCUGCAUUUCCAUCACACUCGUCACCGCUGCCUUGAGGAUUUUUUUCUGGGUGGUGACGCGGAGGGUCAAAACAACUGAGAAGCAAAUCUUAUUGCAGCUAUGCAGCUUGAAAUUCAAGUAGCACUGAACUUUAUUAUUUCCUAUUUAUACAACAAACUUCCUCGGCGACGUGUGAAUAUCUUUGGCGAGGAGCUGGAGAGCCUGCUGAGGAAAAAAUAUGAAGGCCACUGGUAUCCGGAUAAACCGUACAAAGGUUCGGGGUUCCGCUGCAUCCACGUAGGGGAGAAGGUGGACCCAGUUGUAGAGCGUGCGGCUAAAGAGAGCGGGCUUGCCAUCGAAGAUGUCCGCAAUAACCUCCCUCAGGACCUCAGCGUGUGGAUCGACCCGUUCGAGGUCUCCUACCAGAUCGGCGAGAAGGGAGCGGUCAAGGUGUUGUACGUCGACGACAACGGCGAGAAUGGCUCUGAGCUGGACAAGGAAAUCAAGAACAGCUUUAAUCCCGAGGCCCAGGUUUUCAUGCCCAUCGCCGAGCCCGCGGGGGCGUCCUCGGAGUCCAGUUCCCCUUCGCCACCUUUCGGCCAGUCGGCCUCAGUCAGCCCCUCCUUCGUGCCACGCUCGGCCCAGCCGUUGACGUUCACCACGGCCACCUUCGCCGCCACCAAGUUCGGCUCCACCAAGAUGAAGAGCGGCGGCCGCGGCAACAACAAUAACAACGGCGGAGCUAACAACAAAGCGGCUCGGUCGUCGCCGAUUGGCAACCUGGGACUGAACGUCAACACCUUACUGAAGCAGAAAGCCAUCUCCACCUCCAUGCACUCGCUGUACGGGCUGGGCCUGAGUCAGCAGCAACAGAAAGCCUCCGCUCUGUCCCCCAACGCCAAGGAAUUCGUUUUCCCGAAUCUCCAGGGUCAGGCCAGCCCCGCCGAGGGUUCCCUGGGACUCGGACCCCUGCCGUAUAACAAUGCCUUCGAUGUGUUCGCAGCCUACGGAAGCCUCAAUGACAAGUCCCUCGUGGACGGCCUCAAUUUCAGUCUGAGCACCAUGCAGUAUUCUAACCAGCAAUUCCAGCCCGUCAUGGCUAACUAAAGUCACAAAGCAGAUGGAUAUUUACGAACGACGGAAAGCGCACACUGAUAGCGACUCGUCCGUCAAAGCGCAUGUGCCCGAGGGUGUUUUUACCGGAACCCCCUUGAGUUGAUUUCUACUCGGAAAGCUUGUUGUACAAACACAUCCAAGCUCGGUUACUUCAAUUCAUCAUGCGUCAUUGUUUUUCUCUUUUUUUUUUUUUUUUUUGCCAACCAAGCACAAUUUUCUUUCCUUUUUUUUAACCAUGUUAAAGAAAAUACUCCAAAGAAAUUCAGAAAAAGAAGUUUUGGCCUCUUAAAGUAUUUUACAGGUGGUAAGAAGAGGCUGAUUUUUAUGAAUUGGCACUAAGUGGGGUUACUUGGUCUUUUUCUAAUUGUAUAAUUUAAUUUAGUACAAAGUUUGUAAGAUAUCAGAGUAUAUAUUGUUUCUAUGACAUGGUAUUGCAUUUAUAUCUUUUUACUACUCCAGUGAUCUGUGAUGGCUGCAGCAGCUUUUCUUUAUUUUUCUUUUUAAAAAGAAUUGUGAGAGAAAUCCAUCUUUAUAUAUAUAUGAAAAUACACCAGAUAUUCUAAAGAUUUUGUACAGCAGUGAUUUUCAACCUUUUUUGAGCCACGGCCACUUAUUGCAUUAAAAAAAAUCCCAAACCACCAUCAAAAAUGUAAAAAUGAAUGUCUAUAAACUAUAUUAACAAUAUAUCCAUUGCUGUCACUGUUGUAGUGUCGCUAGCUAGCUAACAGCUGCUUAGCUGACUCAGCUAGCGCCAUUUAGCGCUAGCUAACGGCCGCUUAGCUGAUUCAGCUGGCGCCAUUUAGCGCUAGCUAGUUAGCCGCGCCAGCUAGCGCUAGCUAGUUAGCCGCGCCAGCUAGCGCUAGCUAGCCGCGCCAGCUAGCGCUAGCUAGCAGCCUCCGCCUCCGCUAGCGCUAGCUAGCUAGCUAGCCACCAGCUAGCGCUAGCUAGCUAGCUAGCCACCAGCUAGCGCUAGCCCGAGUGCCAUUCUUACCUAUUCCACAGCACUAAACAAAGAAAUUAGCUACCUAUUGACAACUACUGAUUAAAAAGAGCAUUGCAUAAUUACAAACCAUUGGUCAGCAGACAUAUUUUUACAUAAAUUAGAUGAGAGUGGAUAUUUUCCCCCAGGCACAGUGGUUGAAAAACACUGUUGUACAGAGUAUUUCUUUUUAGUGGUGGAACUCAAGUGUAGGAAUAUUUGCUAUUUCUGAAAGAUGAAUUGUAUUUUCUGUUAAGAGGUUUUUGCUAUACUAUGGACAACAAAUGUAAUCGUAUGGAUAUUAAUUUUGUACCUACAUUGUGCAAUACUU